AUGAAGGUCAUCUCAGAGCAAGAGUCGAAGGCGCACUACGACGCCGUGCUCCGGGGCGGUCUGAUCGGCGGCUCCGUCGGCUUCACAGGCGGCCUGCUGGGCGUCAUCGGCGCCUCGAAGCGGUACCCGGCCUUCCGCGCGCUGACGCUGCCCUUCCGGACUUUCCUGGUGUCGUCGGCGGCGACGUUCGGCGCCAUCACCUGGGCGGAGCGCUACUCGGUGGCCUUCGGCAAGGCCAAGGACCCCAUGAACUUCUACAAGGACGAGACGCAGCGCACCAUCGAGCAGGCGCGCCGCAGCGAGGUCGGCAGCGCCAAGCUGAUGGACUGGGGCCGCGAGAACCGCUACACCAUCGUCUUCACCUCGUGGAUCGCCGCCAUGGGCAUCGCGCUCGCCAUGGUCGGCCGCAACAAGUACCUCAGCACCUCCCAGAAGCUCGUCCAGGCCCGUGUCUACGCCCAGGGCCUGACGCUCGCCGUCCUGAUCGCCACCGCCGCCUUCGAGACGGCCGAUGCCAAGAGCGGCAAGGGUCGCUGGGAGACGGUCAUGGUCAUCGACCCCGAUGACCCGGAGCACAAGCACUUGAUCGAGAAGCGAAUCCAUAAGGAGGAGUAUGCUGGUCAGGACCUGUGGAAAGAUAUGGUCGCCGCUGAGGAGCGCCGAUUGGAGCAGCAGAAGCGAGAGAGAGCCGAGGUGCAGGCGCGAGAGCAGAACGGUACGGGGAUAGCAGCUCCUGCCCACUAA